GGUCGCGUCGCGAGCUUCGUGGCGAACCGAACGAGACGAGGGAUCGUCUCCUUGAAGCGCAUGACGUAACGAAGUCGUCGUCUGGCGCGGUGUUUCUUAGUGGCCAUUUUGUUUCCGCACCGCACGGCUGAUUAAGGUGUGUCCGUCCUUGAGUCCUUUGGCCCCGGCAACGUGAUGGAUUCAAAGCGGUACGAACGCAGCGCCAGGUCGAAUUCCGAAUCGCCACCUGCUCCGCCCUCGCCUCCUAUGUAUAGCACAAGUUACAGUACGACAACACACGACAGCAACCACAAAAGCAGAGGCUCACGGCAGCGUUCGCCUCCUUCACCAAGCACGGACCAGCACCAUCGGAGCAGUAGAACCUCGCGUAACAGCUCGCCCCUUCAGGAACGACGCUCCAAACGUCGUCGAAGUGGCUCCAGAUCGUCCCCUCCGUUACGCUCCCACAGACGAUCCAGAUCCAGCGACCGGGACCGGGAUCGCGACAGAGACAGGUCGCGCAAAUACUCGAGGAGAGACAGAUCGCGCUCGAGGUCGCGUGGCAGAUCCCGCUCGAGGGACAAGAGACGUAGUCGCAGUCGUAAUCGCAGCAGGGAUCGACACAGGUACAGGGAGAGCCGCAGGCAUCACUCCAACCGAGCGCCGUCCUACGAGUCGGACGCGUUGGAGGAGCACGGAGAAGGGACAGGUGGCCAGAUGAUGCACCAGGCGGCGAUUGUUGCUCCGCAACCGAACGCCUUCAAGAACGACGGUAGUUUCAUGGAGAUGUUCAAGAAGAUGCAGGAACAGAUGCAGCCUGCGGCGCAGAAACCCACCACCUCUACUGUGCUAGAGGAGAAGCCUGUGGUACCACCGCCGUUGAUGGUGGGCAAGAGAAGAGGCGGCAGGAUCCUGAAGACCGGCAUGGUGGCGAAACCAAAGACGGAGCAGACGGUGGAACAGCCGAAGGACGCUUGGUCCCUGUACAUGGCGGAGGUGAAGAAGUAUCGGGAGGUUUGCUGCCAGGAGGAGGACAACACGCGACCACUGGUCAAAUAACUUGGACACUUAUUCGCGUCGAAUAACUUUCCCUUCUUUAUAUACAUACUUGGCUCAUUAAUUUUCUUCUAUAAGACACCUGUAGUUUUAUUCUUAAGUACGUGGAACAAAUUAUGCUUCUGGAGGCAGCCCUUCUUUCGUCCAAGUUCAGCGACACGAGAUUUCUCUGUGAGAAUCUCUCAAAGCGAAACGAAAAAUGAUGAUGAUGAUGAUGAUGAUGAUAAUGACGAUGACGGUGAAGGGAAAAGUGGCCGAGAGAAGCAGAUUCAUUUUGUGAUAUAGUGUCGCGUGUGCUUUAAGAGACAAAUGGACAAAAGCGAGAGAGAAACCUAGAAACGUAGAAUUUACGUAGAAAGAGGGUAGAUGGAGGAAGAGAGGAGAAAUACAAUCCGCGAGAGAGUCUGUGCUAAGAUUUAGGGAUUAAAUAAUUUAUGACU